UUUGCAUUUGCCCUGAUAUCGCGUCGUUCUCAGAUUGAGUCUGUAAUUCGUCGAUCGCGCCGUUGUGACAUUAAUAUUUGAAACAAAUUCUUACUUUCGCCCUCCUAGUACGGGGGCUGAUUGUUCCGCGCGGCUCCUUUCUCUCCUCGCGCAUUCGCGGCCUUCAUUAAGAUAAAUCAGUGUGCCUCUAUUAAUUACAGUGUUAUUUAUUGACUUAGUGAAAAUACAGCAGUGAUUUAGCAAAGUGAUACAAUUAAAAUUAGCGUUAAUUGAAAUUUAAUUGAAGCUGAUUGGUUUUAAUAAAAUUGCUAGAAAAUGGAAUCAGCUGGAUUUGAUGAUCAGAUAUUUAGUGAUUUUAAUGAUACGCUCAGUCCGCUAAGUGCUAAAGCGAUUCAAGCGGGCGGCCCAAGUGGUCACAACAUACAGGUUGUAUUAGGAAUAAGCCAACCUUCGCCGGAUUCCUGCACGCAGCGAUUACCUGAAGUGAAUAGCAUUCUGGCGGCAGGUUCGCCAAGUUAUAAAAGUAUCGAUUAUACUAAUCUGAACAAAGUAGACUACCAUCCAAAUGGGAAAAUUGAUCCCCAGUACUCUCCUAAUUCUGGAAAGCUGGAGUACAUCAACUGUAAGCUCGAAUACUACCCUUCGCAAAUUAAUGUCGAUAAUAAUCUGAAUAAAAUAGAAUAUGUUAAAACCUUAGAUUACAAUGCCAAUGGUCGAAUGGAAUAUUCUCCUCCGUCCAAGGCGACGGAUUACGGAAAUGGGAAGAUGGAAUACGAAACCACCAUGACCAUGUUCCAGCAACCUCCACCAAUGAAUCCGACCACGCUGAACGGGUUGAAUGAUCCGAAUAAACGGAAAAGUGAUGAUGUGAAUAGUGCGUCAGGAUCUUCCACCCCUACUACGACUACGUCGAUGAGCAACGGCAACGGAAGUGAUUGUGCAUCCAGUUCGAAUAAGAAAAACGAUAAAAAGAAAUCGGAUCCUAAUGGGAUCAAAAAGAAAAAGACAAGGACUACCUUCACGGCAUAUCAACUGGAAGAGCUGGAACGAGCUUUCGAACGAGCACCUUAUCCCGAUGUUUUCGCACGAGAAGAGCUCGCUAUGAAGCUCAAUUUAAGUGAAUCACGUGUACAAGUUUGGUUCCAGAACCGUCGUGCCAAGUGGAGGAAACGCGAACCACCUAGGAAGUCGGCCUAUAUGGGCAAUAACAGUCCAUCAACGCCAAUGAACGGCCCGAUUGGCACUACCUUCACACAGUUUCCGCAAACGACCACCGUAACUCCACCAAGUAGUGUGGAAAGUUGGUCCACUUACCAAACACCAUACGAGUUAAGCUCCCACUUCAAUCUGCUGUCUCCUGCUGCUAGUCCUUACGGUCCCUUCACCACACAGUACGGUACUUACGUGCACGAAAGUCAAUUAUUCCCCGUAAGGCAGCAUUUCGAUUACGGCAGUCCGUCAAGAACAGGGACAGAAACUGAGGAACCACAUCACAAAGCCGAGCACUAUGCCUCGUUGGACGAUAAAUUCGAUACGCACUGCACUGUGUCAGACGGCGUCACGAAUGGGAAAUAUGUUGACGACACGAAGUACAUACACGCCGUUAACAUCAUAGACGACCCGAAGUACACCAGCAGUUGCCAUCUGGAAGACCCUUCGCUCAAACAGUCCCAUUACGGUACACCUACAGCUGCGUGUCAACCUGGCGACGAAUCAGAGUCUCUCGGCAUCGUAAAAUCUGAGGAUGGCGUUAGUCACAGCUAUGUUCUUCCGCCUUUUUUGCGCUGAAACAAAUGCUUUCGGCAAAACGUUCUUAACAUGUAGUAGACCAGAUUGUCUUUUCGAAGUCGACUUGCGGUAACAAGCCAAAACGUGAGUGUGCCAACAAAACAAUUUGAAAGCCACGUAGACAGUUCCCUCUUUCGGAAACACAAUCAGCAAGCGACCCGAGAGCACAGAACCUAAAUUCCUUAACACAAUUUGGAACAAAAUCCCCCACAAAGUUAUGUCUGACGGUGGACCCUAUGGGAUGCUUCAAAUACCUAUAUUUAUUUGCCGUUCCACAUCACUCGUACGUUUAUUCUAUGUGUAGCGUUAAGAAACGAUCUGUUUUAUCUCAAUAGCCUAUGUAAAUACCCAAGCAAAUUGAAGCUUAUAGAGUUAUAAAAAUCAAAAUUAUAUUCGGACCAAAUCCCAAGAGAAGCUUGUUCCUUAUCUAACCAAAUCAAACUCAAAGGCUUAUUUUUACCUCACAUUCGAACAAGACCAUCAGCCAGUUCAUUCAGAGCAUUCAACAUCAAUAAAAAAGGGGGGAAAGCCGUGUAGGGAAUGUCGAGUGUUAACCUGGACCAAUCUACCUGUAGUGAAAAUGGGCCCUUCUGGGAAGUUUUUCUUUUUCGUGAAAGUGUGGAUUUUUAGCAUUUCGACAAAGCAUUUUAUAAUUUGUUCCAGCUAUGAAAGGAGCUUUCAUCUAUCCCUUUUUCCCUUUUUUGGGCAACUUAAAGAGGGGUAGGGGGAUAUUAAGAGGUACGGUUGAAGCAUUGAAUUAGUAUUUGGGAUAACUUCAGUUUUGAAGUGGUAGUUGUACGAUGCCACCUUCGGCGGGCCGAAAUUUCACUAAGUUGCCGUACAUGACGUCAUGUCUGGCAAGCAGCAAACAAAUUUUUUAGCAAGCUUGUCGUUAUCAUCAGUUUUGUUUAUAUCUGUUUUGUGACAAGCAAACGCAUACUAAAAACCGAACCUGUUCUAUACGACAUUGGGUAGGAUGUACGAAAAAGUCAACGCAAGUCAAUUCAGGGAUUCGUCAU